CAGGCUGAUGGACAUGGACUCACCAGCUCUCCUCCUCCUCCUGAUGUCAGCAGUCACCUGGUCCGUAAUGGCGCGCAGUCCUCACCAGUAUCACUUUGUGUCAGAGGAGAAGAGCUGGACGGAUGCCCAGGCGCUCUGCAGAGAGCAGUUCACAGAUCUGGCCACCGUUGAGAGUGAGCAGGACGUGGGCAGGCUGCUCCAGCUGGCUGGAGAUCACGGGCACAGCGGUGAGGUCUGGAUUGGCCUGUAUCAGGAUGUGCAGAGCUGGACGUGGUCACUGAACCAGGCUGCAUUUUAUGGGGAGGGUGAGAUGGGGUACAGCAACUGGGGACAUGACCAGCCGGACAAUUAUAGGGACGCAGAUGAUCCAGAAUGCUGUAUUGAGAUGAAGGAUGAGGGAAAAGGCUACAUGUGGAAUGAUAUACCGUGCAAGUUCAACAGACAUUUUAUCUGCUAUGAUGGAAACUCAGAUUCCCUCAUUCUGAGCAACGGGACAUUAUCGUGGGAAGAUGCCCAACGUUACUGCAGGACGCAUCACACAGAUCUGGCCAGUGUGAGAAACGAGAGUGAACAGCAGCAGGUCUCGGCAAUACUGCGCGCGUCUACAUGGAUCGGCCUCUACAGAGACUGCCUCCUGUUCAGGUGGUCAGACCAGAGUGGCUCCCCCUUCAGAAACUGGUCCUCUUCGUCCCCUUCACCUUGGGGGAACUGUGCAGCAGUGGACGUUACCCGUGGAGGGGACUGGUACGACCGGAGCUGUGACCUCUUGAAGCCGUUUGUUUGUUAUGAUGUCCCCAAAGUGACCCACAUGCAGACAAUGAGAGUGGAGCUGAAGACGGACUCUCAGAAGGACAUGAGUGACCCUGCCGUUCAGGCGGCCAUCUUACAGCAGAUUGAGAAGAGGCUGCGGGAGAAGGGGUUGCCGGCAGGGGCCAAGCUGAAGUGGAGGGAGCAGGAGGAUGGACAGAUCUUCAGCAAGAAAACAGAGAAGAAAGGGAUGAAGAAGAGGAGCAAGAGGAGGAGUGAUGAGCUGUAGACCUGUGGGUCCCAAACUCUUCAUAGCAGCAGGCCCCAUUUUGAAAAAGAGAACAGAAACCUGCAGUCCCAUUCCCCGUAGAGUAUAGUGCAAAUACUGAGGUGCUGAAUAGUGCACAGAUAGAGACACUCAAAUGACCCAUCACCUGUUUUAUUUACGUAUUUAAAAAACAAAAAAUAUAUAUUUAUCAUAUUAAUGAGUUCACUCUGGCAGAUCCUCUUGCCCAUCCAACCAUCUCAGGUGAUUUCCAAACUCUGUAGGUGAUCACACAGAGAAGAACACUUGACAGAGCUCACUGAUAUAGUGUGUGUGUUUAUAUAGUGUGUGAAUUUAGUUUAGUGCAGAGCUCACUGAUAUAGUGUGUGUGUUUAUAUAGUGUGUGAGUUUAUAUAGUGUUUGUGUUUAUAUAGUGUGAUGGUUGCCUGGCUCAAGGCCACCAAAACAUAAAAGAGGGGAAAACCACACCGAAAAUAUAAUACAAAAAUAGGUUUAUUAAUGAACUAUAUACAAAAGUAAGUAAAUGGAAAGCAAAGCAAAGCUGUGGUGUAAGUCAGCAUAUGAGGUGUAAUGCAAAAAAGGUAAACGAAAAACAAAAGGCCAAAACGCAGCCGGUUGUCGAAGCCAGCAAGCCAGAGAGAGAGCCCCGCGGACAGGGAGGUCCUGGUCUUAUGCUGUGCGUCAUUAGGCCUCCUCCAAUUAGCCACAACUGCAACUCAGAGCUCCCCCUGCUGGUACACACAACAGCAACAGUGGCCACAAAACAACCAAAUAGACCUGGAGGGUCAGGGACCAACCCAGCAUGGGCAGGCUGGGUCGUCACAAUAGUGUGUGAGUUUAGUUUAGUGCAGAUCUCACUGAUAUGAUGCGUGAGUUUAAAUAGUGUGUGUGUUUAUAUAGUGUGUGAAUUUAUAUAGUGUGUGAAUUUAGUUUAGUGCAGAGCUCACUGAUAUACAGUAGUGUGUGUGUGUGUG